CAAGAAUAAAAUGUUUUCAAGAUUCUGUGGAAUUUUUAUGAGUUCUAAAUGGCUUUGAAAUAGACACUUCAAUUUUUCUAAAAAUUAUUCAUCUCUAAGCUUUGUACUCGAUGAUAAUGAAUAGAAACAAUUCAAAAUCUUUACUGGAAGAUGAAGUAAAUGACGUUAGCGUUAUUCUUGGUUCAGUCAUAUCAAGGCGUGAAAUGCUUGAGCAGUCCAAGAAUGCAGCAAAAGUUCUAUUUCCUUCUUGUUGGAUAGCUGAAUUGGUUAUUUCAAACAGACGUCAGCCAUCAGUCAAUUGUCCUUUGGAAGUACUAAUGCGCGAAAUUAGGAGUUCUACAGAUGAAGAGAUUACCGUUAAGGAAGUACCACUCGACUUUGUUGUGCAAUUAGCAUCUGCUAGUGAGAAGCAGCUGUCAAAUUUCAGCCCAGAAAAUAAAAAUCAACAUUUAAUAUAUUUCGAGGUGAAUCCAGAUGAAAAAUAUAGCAGCUAUAUUGCUCAUUUUGUUAUGAUCUUAGAGUCGCUCCCAAAAGCUCACAUUCACAAGACUCAACUUUUCAAAAGUCAGCUUUCAUCAACACUGAACAGAAUCAUUCGUUUGGAACAAUUAAAAGAGCAUCCCUUAAAUUCGCCCUUAUUGCAAAGAAGAGAUCCAUGUUGUAGUCAUGGCACCGAAGCUUCAACAUGGAUAAGUCGAGAAGAUAAAGCGAUGAUACUUAAACUUUGUGAAUCGCUUUGGGAUAUAGAAGCAGAUCGUCUACAGUAUAAAGUUCUUAGAUAUUUAAUCGAACGUACAAAUGCUGACAACGGCUUUAUUGUCAUGCGAAACGCAGAUACCUCGGAACUGUAUUGUUAUUGUAAUGGCGAUGAGAUAUUUAACGAAUCCACAUAUAUUGAAAGUGACAGCUUCUUCAAUGAAAUAAUGCAGAAGCGUGAAACUUUCAGAACGAAAUAUCUAAACACAGAACAAAAUCAGGCCUUGUUGUCCGUAUUUUCAAAUUCCCAUGCGCAUUUGAAAAGCGACCGCUAUAUAAAAAAUCAAAAUGCAAAAAUGCAAAUUACUUCAGUUCUCUGCAGUCCCAUAUUUUCUCGUUCCAAUGAAAGUCCUAUUGGGGUUGUUUGCUUAAUUAGUAAACGAAGAGACUCUCAAUUUACACAAGCAGACGAGUUUAUUAUUGAUGAGUGUUUCCGAUACACUGCACCCAUUCUGCUCAGUUCACUGUCAUACCAAAACGAAAGAUAUGUAAGGGAUAGAACUGAGGAUAUGCUCAAAGUGGCUCGAAAUAUUUUCACUCAUAUGAUGGAUUUAACGGAUCUUUUAUUGAAGAUUAUGCAAGAAGCUCAAAAUUUGACAAAGGCUGAGAGAUGUUCAGUGUUUUUGGUUGAUUCAGAAACUGACGCACUAGUAGCAAAAGUUCUGGAUGGAUUACCAACAGCACCUAACAAAAACACACUUUUCACUACGGCUGAUGGAAAAGUUGUUACGUUACCAGAAGAAAUUCGAAUUAGCCUAAACCAAGGCAUCGCUGGGCAUGUUGCUACUACCGGUGAGCUACUGAAUAUCAAAGACGCUUACUCCCAUCCUUUAUUUUAUCGUGGAGUUGAUAAGGAAACCGGAUUUCGGACACGGAACAUAUUAUGCUUUCCGAUAAAAAAUGAAAAGGAUGGUAUUGUUGGAGUUGCACAGUUGUGUAACAAAAUCAAUCAUCCCUUUUUUACACAAGCUGACGAAGAUGUGGCCAAAACCUUUUCCAUUUACUGCUGUAUUAGUAUUGUUCAUUCACUGAUGUACAAACAUGUUCAAGAUGCUCAACAUCGUACAAAAUUGGCCAAUGAAUUGAUGAUGUACCAUAUGAAGGUUGAUGAAAAUAAAAGGAACUGGUUAUCAACUUGUGAAAUCAAAGAUAUCAACGCAUUUCUACCAAACACUAGCUUAUUCGAGUCUUUACCCCGAAAUAUUCAGUCGGAAGAUGAAACAUUCCUUUGUACACUUAGCAUGUUUCACGAUUUGGAUUUGAUUAACCGUUGGCAUAUUUCACGACGUAAAUUGGCUCAAUUCAUUUUGAUGGUUCGUCGAGGUUAUCGUGAACCAGCAUACCAUAACUGGAUGCAUGCAUUUUCUGUCGCACAUUUUGUUUAUGUAUGUGUUAAAAAUUUACCAUUAGCAAAUAACCAGCUGUAUGAUAUCGAAGUGUUCGCGUUACUUGUUGCAUCAUUAUGUCACGAUAUUGAUCAUCGUGGGACAAAUAACAGUUUUCAGGUGCAGUCAAGAUCUGUUUUAGCUGCAUUGUACAGUUCAGAAGGUUCAGUUCUGGAAAGACAUCAUUUUUCUCAAACUAUUUGUGUACUAAAUACAGAAGGAUGCAAUAUUUUUGAAAAUGUUUCAAAAGAAGACUAUGGUCAGCUGUUAGAUCUUAUCCGUGAUAUAAUUCUUGCAACUGAUUUAUCCCAUCAUAUUCGCAUAAUGCCUAAAUUGGAAGAUCUGGCUGAACGAGGAUACGAUGGAACAAAGUCAGAAGAUCAUUACCUGCUUUUAUGUCUUUUAAUGACUUCAGCUGAUUUAAGUGAUCAGACAAAACCAUGGAGCAAUACAGUUCAUGUGGCUAAACUGAUUUAUGAAGAAUUUUUUCAACAAGGUGAUAUGGAGAAAUCACUAGGUCAUAAUCCAGUUGAUAGCAUGGAUAGAGAGAGAGCAUGUGUGCCAAAUUUACAGAUAGCUUUCUUGGAUUACAUAAUCAUACCAUUGUACAAGGUCCUGACUACUUUGUAUCCACAAUGUUCGAAUAUCUUAGAUACUAUAGAGCAUAAUCGUAUUAAAUGGAAAGCUAUCCUUGAACUUGUUGAAAAGGGUGAAUUAAAAGGCCAUGGUCUGGAAAUAUUCAAUCACAACCUGAUAGAAAUAUCCUCGCAAUUAAGUCAAUGAACACGCUGUCUUCACCAUAAUUCAACCAAUUACUAUCGCCACCAAUAACUUCAGCAGGACUGUCAUUAUCCUUUUUGCCAUCAUCAGAUCUCCAUUAAGCUAUUUCUUGUGAUACAGUACUCUCCUUCUUUCCUUCUUUUUUCUUUUCUUUAUUGCUUUCAUUUAUUUCGGUCUAUCCUAUCUAUGAGUAUAUAUAUAUAUAUAUAUAUAUAUAGCUGUACAUAAAUUAAUUAACUGUUUAAUAAAU